UUUGUGAUCUUACACGUGUGUGUGAGUUUGUGCACGGACCAUGUGUUCCUGUUGACUGUCUGAGGUUCGGCUGUGGAGAGUUUGGAGAGAAGCUGCAGCCCAGCAGCCCGGUGAAGCUGCGAGGAGAGCGGAUGCUCUUCCAUCUUUGUUGGAUGUAUUGUGAGACUAAGUGCACAGUGGGCAGUGAAAGGUCCCAAGGUCGUUAUCUUCCUCUUCUUCCCCCCUGAUCAUGUCCACCAGAGCGAGACCAUGACUUUCCACAAUGAGUCAGAAGAGACCUCCCCUCCCUCCUUCUCUCCCUCAUCCUCGGAGCACAAUUUUUCCAUCUUUGUCACCCACGACCCCUCGAACUCCCCCCAGGCCUUCCCCACCUCCUCCGAGCUGACCUCCUCCAACUGCACCAGCCCCCAGUCGGCCUCCUCUCCCCCGUACAACUUCUACGCGGUGCUGCUGGUGCUGCUCAUCUUCUGCGUGGUGUUCGGCAACGUGCUGGUGUGUGUGGCGGUCUCUCGGGAGCGAGCUCUGCAGACCACCACCAACUAUCUCAUCGUCUCACUGGCUGUGUCCGACCUGCUGCUGGCCACGCUGGUCAUGCCGUGGGGUGUCUACCUGGAGGUGGUGGGAGAGUGGCACUUCAGCCGCAUCCACUGUGACAUCCUGCUCACCCUGGACGUCAUGAUGUGCACGGCCAGUAUCCUCAACCUCUGUGCCAUCAGCAUCGACAGGUACACAGCGGUGGCCAUGCCACUGCUCUACAACACCAGAUACAGCUCCAGACGAAGGGUGGCGGUGAUGAUCUCUGUGGUGUGGUUCCUCUCGUUUGCCAUUUCCUGCCCUUUACUGUUCGGACUCAACAACACUGCCAGCCCAGAAGGCACCACCUGCAGUUUUGCCGACCCGGCCUUCGUGGUGUACUCCUCUGUGGCCUCGUUCUACGUUCCCUUCAUCGUAACCUUGCUGGUGUAUGCGCAGAUCUGCGUGGUGCUGCGCAAGCGAGGCAGACGCACGGCGCCGUCGCGCAGACAUGGUCUGCACACACAACGCGGGGCAGAAGCCGGACAGGGUCAUCGACAUAGAAAGAAUAAAUGCACACAACCAGAGGAUGUGAAGUUAUGCACCUUGAUCCUGAGGCCCACCACAGCCGCCCCUCAGCGCAAGAAAGUGACCCUGGUGAAGGAGGCCGUGGUUCACCCCCUGGAAGUGGAGCCAGGUCGGUUUCUGCCGCAGAUGGGUCAGAGUCUGGCUCCUUCCCCUGCACCCCAGACCACCCCCCACUCGGGACGGGCAACGAUCUCCCUGUCCAUCUCUGUCGGACCUGCCCCGGUUCUCCCUUCAACCGUGACGCGAUCAGGCCUGACGCCUCGUCCCCCAACUCUGGAGGAUGGCAUGAGGGGGCGUGAGGGAUGGAGGGAGCGCAGCGGAGGCAGAGAUAAAUGGGGCAUCACCAAGGAGAGGGUGAGAGGGAGGCUGUCUCAGCAGAAGGAGAGGAAGGCAACACAGAUGCUCGCUAUUGUUCUCGGCGUGUUCAUCAUCUGCUGGCUGCCUUUCUUCCUGACCCACGUGCUGAAGGCCCACUGCACGAGCUGCUGCAUCUCGCCCUCGCUCUACAGCGCUGUCACCUGGCUGGGAUACCUCAACAGCGCCGUCAACCCCAUCAUCUACACCACUUUCAACAUCGAGUUCCGCAAAGCCUUCAUCAAGAUCCUGCACUGCUGAGAGCCGCCGAGAUGAAAAGUGUCAACCACCAAGAUGAAAGGAAAAAGGCCUUUAAGAUCUGAGAUGAGAGUAAGUGGAGGGGAAAGGAAGGAUCAUGGGAAGAGGAAGAAACAGGUGAUAUUAACUUUCUGGGAAAUUAAAGACAAGAGAACCAGCAGAUCGGGAAGAAACAAACUACUAGACGAAAAAAUUAUGUGUGUGACAAGUAAAAGACAAGAAACACAAACAAGCUGGAGAUAUUUAUGGAAAAGAAGAAACACACUGUGCUGUGUACAUUCACUCUGUACAGGGAAUACGUGAGGACUGAGGAUGUUGCCACAUUCAUCGCGGCUGCACGACUGCACAUACGUCAGACUUUGCUGAGACGUGACCGUUUUCCCAAUUGGCUGGACGGCUCGACUGGUGUCAGACUCUCGCUGUUGUAUUUUCUUGUAAUCUUGACAAACAGCAUCUUGUUAUUUGUUUGCAUGUGCUCGCCUCUCUCUCAAAGGACUGGAACAAAAAACUUUGACUUCGAGAGUACAACACGAAACUGAAGUCGCAGAUUUCAUUGUGGACUUUUUCGCUUCAAGUGAGUUUGCAUACAUGUAACAUUCGGUGUCGUAAACAAUACUUUGACUGGUUAGAACAGGGAUCACAGCCGUUGUACAGACCAUAGGUAAUAAAACAUUUUAUUUUGGUGCUUACCUUGCGUAUGCAGUCAUACAUUAACGUGAAAUAAAAUAAAAUGAAUUAGAAUAGAUUAAAUAAAUGUA